GUAUAGAAUCAAUAGUACAUCCAACUUAUAAUACUAAAGGUGAUUUUAGUGAAUGCUUAGAAAUUAUUGUUAAUGAACGUGAGGAUGAAAUUAUCAUAACGAUAGUGGACAAGUUGGACAUUCUAUGGAUUAUGUCAGCAUUUAAAGGAAUAUCUCUAUUAUCUCUUUCGUCCCCUUUACCUUCUUCAUCGCCUUCGUCUUGUUCAUCUCCUCAUCUACAUUGUCUCCUUCAUCACUAUUAUCGUACCAACUAUAAGAUUGAUGAUAUAAUAAUUUUACCAAUUGUUUUUACUCGGCAUUGUGUUACCGCCUUCAAAAAUGAAGAAACAAUCGAAUGUAUUUUAACGAUGAAAUUGAUUCCAUGUUUAAAGUAG